AUGGCCUUUGUGAAGGAAUACAAUGAGCAGACCUCCACUCGAGAGGGCACCAUUGUUCCUGUGCACAUUACCAUAUUCGAGGACAGGUCUUUCACCUUUGUAACCAAAACUCCACCGGCGUCCGACCUCAUACGGAGGGCCGCGGGUGUGGAGAAGGGAAGCGCAGCCGCCAGCCGCCAGCCCAUCGGCGCCAUCUCAAGGGACGCGGUGCGCGAGAUUGCACAGAUAAAGCUGGCGGACCUCAAUGCACCGGAUGUAGAGGCGGCGAUAAAGGUGAUAGAGGGGACGGCGCGGAGCAUGGGUGUCCAGAUAGCAGAGUAA